CAUUUCUUAACUGCCGGCUUUUUUGCUUUUUGCCCUAAUCUAAGGUCGCAUUUUCCAUUAUCAGUUACAUUCCGGGUCAAUUAAGUGUUCUAAACUGUCCAAAAACUAACUAGUAAAAUGAUUGACAACACUGAAAUGAUGAUUCCCGCCGUUCUGGAGUGCCACCAGUAUACGGUUCAAUCGGCCUCCGAAUCAUUCCUGAGCUAUGUGAUGAAGCACAAGACCACGCUUAUCGAUUCGGUGAAGCUGCUCCCGAAGGAUGAAGCGACGAACGAGAUCGAGCUGGCGUUGAAAUUUAUGCAGCACUACAUGGAGGAUUUGGAUGACGACGGUCUUCUCGAUGAACCGCAAGCAAAGCACCGGGUGCUGAUCGAUCGCCGUAAAUCUCUGUUCGAAAUACUGCUCGAUCUGCACUCGGCCAUGAGGGCCACUUGCGUCGGUUUUGCACUGUAUUUCUACGGCGAUAAUCCCAUUCCCGGCGACUUCAUCAAUUUGCUGCUGCAGUUCCCGGGUUUCGCUGCCUCCGACGAGCAGCUAACCUUGACGGCCGGGAUUCCGCUGCAUUUGGCUUACUGCACAAUGGUGGUGUUCGAAUCGGGCGAUCUUGAGUCGGCCAGCGAUCGAUUGGCUCUCGCGUGGUCCACCAACUGCGCACCCUGGGCUAUCCGCAACGUGCUGAUCCAGGAAUCGAUUAAGGAUGAAUUUGUUGAGCUGGUCCGGUCGAAGUUGAAACCGUUCACGGACAGCCAAAAACGUUUUCUGGAGGAUCCGCUUAAGCGAGCAAUCGAUGCAGCGAACCAACUGGGUGCCCAGCUGGUGCAGAGCGCGUCCGAUGAGAGUCCUACCAAACCAACGCUUGCCUUCUUACCGGGAGUUCAGUAUUUGCUGUCGGUGGGCACCUCGUUGAAGGCAUCCAUGUCGGCUCCGAUUGUGAUGCUGAACGUUUUUCGCACUGCCAAGGAAGCAGUUACAUUGGUCAACCGCAACCACGGUGGAUCGGUGUCCCUCUGGACGGAGGACCUGUCGCUGACGUUCGAGGUUGCGUACGGAUUGCGCUGUGGAACCGUCUGGGUGAACAGCUACGCCGAACUGAACCCCGAGUGUCCGUACACAUUCCGGGCGCAUGAUUUCACGUACGGUUCGCAGUACGCCGUUUGCGAGAAGAAGGUAAAGACGGUGUUUGCACCAACGGUUAGCACACCGGUGAACGAUGUCGAGAGGAACAAAAGAGCCAUCCAAAGUCUCGGAACGUACGAGGCGGAUACGCGUCUCUAUCGCAGCCACACCGUUCUCGUGAAACAGGGUAUCCACUAUGAAAUUACCAAAAUGCGGACGGACUUGGAAUCGUACGGUAACGGCUGUCGUUUGGCGAUAGUAGAUAACUUUUGGAAUACGUACGUGCCGCUGGAAGGGAACGAUAGGCUACAGGUGCUAGACACCGUGCACAACCAGCGCAAAGUAAUCUGCAUUCCGUUCGGAGUUACCUUCGCCAACUGA